CGACUGCCAUACGAUCAGACGCCCGUCGUACCCCGCAGAAUGUCUCUGGACGAGGAAACCUUGGAAACAGUCGCCAAUGGCGGCAUGAUGGAUCUUCAGAAAUGGCCGGCGAUGGUCGAGCCCCUGCUGAGCCGAUUGGAUUACAUCGUGUACAACGUCUUCCCAAUGCCCGAGUCGCCUCCUUCCCUAGAAUUCUCACAACCCACCGACACGCAAACCGCCAACGAAACCCCCUCAAGCAGCAACAAAGAGAACGCAGACCUCCCCACGCAUACCCCAACCUCCGCACUCACAGACCGCAUUCCCGACUCCCAGCCCCAGUCAGCAACAACAACAACCACAGAACCAACCCUCCCGCAACCCCUCCAGCUCCUCCUCAACAACACCCGCUCCACAAUCCGCUCCCUCUUCCCCUCCAAACCCCCGCACACGCUCCAACGCCUCGCAGAGCUCAUCCUCCGCCCGCAGGCCCACUACCGCACCCUCCCAGCCUACCUGCGCGCCCUCGACCGCGUCGUCUCCGUGACGAGCAGCGCCGAUAUAUUCCCCGUGCAGACGGGUUCGGGCGCGACUGCACCGACCCCCCAGCCAAAUGGCAUAAUCUCCAGCGCGACCAACGGCGCCGCGGACCCCAGCUCCACGUUCGCCUUGUUCCAGGAUACGCACGUCCCGGGAAGUGAUGAAUCGCUUGGAGGGGCCCUGCUGACGCCUAUCCCGUGGUUGACUGGUGCUUCGGCAGAGGCUGCAGCUGCAGCAGUGGGUUCGUCGCCGGGCGGCGAGGCUACCAGCGAGGAUAUCACACUUGGGGUUGCUCCUACGGAAGUCCCAAGCAACGACAUACUCACCACCGAAUCAUCAACCACCACCACCAGCACCAUAAUAAAAACCACAACGAUAGACCAACACCAGCAACAACAAUCAUCCCCCCACGAAGAACCCACCACCACAACCACAACCACAAUCGAAACCCAAGCCAUGGAAGGCGCCGGCGGCUCCCCCCAAUCCGAUCCCGCCGAAGACGUGCCGCACGCGCGGGGCCCGCCCGUCGUGGGCGUCGAAGACAUGGGAUUGCAGGAUGGGCGGGGCGUCGAGAUGACGCUUUCUCAGGGUGAGGGGGAGGAUACUUUACAGUCUGCGGUGCAUGGGGAUGAUGCUUCGCAGGGUGGUGGUGAUAGUAGUAAUACUCAGAAGGAGGGAAAGGGCUCUCAAGACGCAGAGGCAAAGACAGAUACAGAGCCGGGCUCAAAAGACGGAGACGGCGAUAUUGAGCUCGGGGAUCAAACUGCCGACAGCACUACUGUAGGAGAGGGUAAAGAGUUGGCAAAGGAAGAGGAGACGAAAGGAUAAACAAACACAUCACAUCUAUCUACCUAGAGGAGUGCUGUGGUCGGGAAGGGGAGAAGCAGGGAGAGAAAAAGAAGAUCUUUUGUAAAUCUUUGAUAGGCACGCUUAACGAGAGACGAUCUGCUUCUUGAAAU